CCGCUGGGCCGUUCGUCGCGACACCUCAACGACUGUAGUCACGCUGGUUCAAUUCGCCGCGGACAAUGUCAGCCGGCCGCACUGUCAUGAGCUGUGACAUGGCAGUACGUGGGCACUGUAGAACUGAGUCCAUUCCCUUCCACGAUAAAACAUCCCUCGAUCGCCAUCGCCGGCCAUUAUUAGUUUCUCCAACUCCAAGCCAAGCCAGUGCUCUUCGCUCUGGAAUCCUAGUUAAUGGCCGGCCGGUCAGGUACGUGGUAACUAACCACCAGCUAGCCAGCAGCGCCACCUCGAGAGCGUCGCCAUGGCAGGGGCAGAGGGGCCGGCCGUGUAGCGGGCAGCGCGCGGCGGCUGGAAGAGUUAUCUGGAGGUCGAUCGGCGAUGGUGGUGCACGUGGUGCUCCUGGCCGUGCCGGCGGUCGGCGGGUUCAUGCAGGCGUUCAAGUUCUCGGUCCUGCUCUGGCCGUUCAACAUCACGCUGCCGCUGCUCCGCCACCUGCCGCGCGUCUGCCUCACGCUCAUGGCCGCCGCGGCGCACUACGACGCCGAGCUGCGCGCGUACCUCACCGGCCGCCGGACGGUGCCGCUGCCGGAGCCGAGGUACUCCACCCUCCGCGGCGCGCAGAGGCGCACGCGUGAGCAGCUCGCCGCGCACGCCAUGAUCGCCCUCGUCGACAUCUCCUACUGAUGUCGCGUAGCCAACAGCUGCUUAAUUCUGGCGGUGCUCUUCUUGGUUUGAUAGGUUGGUUCAGAGCUUUUUUUUGGCGGUGCUCUUCUUGCUCGUAUAGGUUAGUUAUAAGAAUUUCAAUUGGAUCAUGCACAUAGCCACAUGGGUCUUCCAUUUCUCUUUGCCUGCACUCGUCGGCUGCGUUCAUGAAUUUGUUGUGAUCUGUACUCAUUUAUGAAAUGCAAAGGAGCUUAAAUCAGGA